AUCGCAAGAGAUAUAACUUCCGGGGGCGCUUCAGUGUCAUGCGAGUGUUUCAAGAUCCAGUUGUAUACAAAUUUGUAUAUAUUUGAGAUAUAAAAGCCAAAGUUAAAUAGCAAUCGAGGACCAUGAAAGUGAUCAAGGGGAUUAUCGAAGAUGUGAUUGUAGAACCAUCCAAAGUUCAACCAAUUAUUGUUAAUUUUCAAAACGGUGAACUAAAAGAUGAUGAGGCUAAAAACAUGUCCUGUGGACUGUUCUAUGAUCAAAACAAGAAGAAGACAGUGCUUGCUUUAUCGAAUGGAGAGAUUGUUUAUAGAGGUUAUAAACCAGACACUAACGAGGACCCUAUGUGUACUAUGCUCGUUCUUCAUAAUAAAAGAACAGGGAAAGUGAGAUUGGUUCAGAUCGAACGUUGGCAAGUAGCACCAGUUUUAGAAAAGCCAGCAAUAAAAGACACCAACAGUGCAGUAAAUGAUACAGUUGCUACAUUGAACAAAGAGUUUGGAUCGAAGAAGGCAAAAAGAAGGACAGAGCAAUAUGAAAAGCUAAAGGUGAAUGUAGAGUCUGUUAAAGAGCAACUUGAACAAACUGUAUCUAAUGUUGAAAUCGAGAGGACGGAAUUGUCAGCACAAUUGCCAGAUAACGAAUGUAUCACAAAUACUACUUUGCCGGGCUGUAAUAGAAAUGCAACUGAUGUGAAUGAUGUGUACAAUGUAUAUGAUAUUGUGCCAGAAAAUAAAUUGGAAACUUUAUAUGACAAUGCGGCAGAAAUUUUAAAUGACAGUUCAAAUAGGAAAGAAAAAAAUUCAAAAUUCUUUACCCAAAUAUUAAAAAAUUUGAAAUCUGAUCCAAACAGUAUUAAAAAAACUGUAUUGUUAAUUUAUAUUCAAGCAGUUGCAAUAUGGUUAAGCAUGCCAAUCAAAGAUGCCAAAAGACGUGGUACUGGAGUUUGCUUAGCUUCUCAAGAAAUUAAUUCACAUAUAAUAGACACAUACAGUGUUCAAAGUAAUCAUGGAAGGACAAGACCAACUAGUAUAAAAGAUAAAGGAGUGAUACAUUGUAUGAUUUUGGCACUAAUGAUUUGUAACUUUACAUUAGAUUUGGAAUUAUUUGCGACGUUAUUCACUCAUCGGACAGGUUUAAAAAAAUUGACAGACCUUGCCAAAAUUAUUGGUGCUUUACCUAACAAAGAAGACAAGAAAUUCAUCACUUUGAAAGUUCCAUUGCCAACGCCGGCAUCUCUUGUAAAAAAGGGAAAGAGGAAAUUAUAAGAUGGGUAUUGUAACAAAUUUUCUGUAAAAUUUUAUAAAUAAAUUACAUUCAAUAUCUGUUAAUUUUGUAUAAACCGAAAAUAAAUGUAUAAUAUAUUUGAAUAAGUAUUCUUUUCUUAUAGUUUGGCAGUCCUUACUAUUUUAAUGCUUCAGCCUCUCCGUAUUAG